UUUAAGCGGCCAUAUUCGUGAGCGGUUUCGUCUUUUGUCGUCAUGUGUCGUCAUGUGUCGUUAAAUGUUUGGCCAUGUUUGCCAUGUGCUUUACAUGAAAUGAUAGCGUUUUAAUUAGAGUGUUCAAGCAUCUAUAUUCUAAUAUUCUUUUUGAAUUAUUACACACUGGGUCAUUAGGACACGAAGCAUAAAAAUUUUGGUACAGCCUUAUAUUAUAUUAUAAUAGUAUUAUUUUUAAAAUUUAAUAAUGCCUAAAUGCAAAAAAAGUCGUUUUUUGCAAUCAAUUACAGUAAGAAAACAUCACGAACAAAAAAACGCUUGUGAGUUACCUUCAACAUCUGCUUACAAUAAAUCUUCAUUUGAAUCUGUAAAACCAUCUGAUAAUCUAUAUGAUAAUAAUUUCAAAAAACAAGUAUUACGACAAUUGCAAAUAAUUAAUCUAAGACAACAACAAAUUUCAGAGGAUCUGAGCGUAUUAUUGAUGAAAGCAAAUUCUGAAAAAGAUGAACCAAUUAUAUCAAAUGAAAAGUCUAUAUUUAAAAAUUAUAAUUUUCCUUUAAAAGAAAUAAAAGAAUUAGAAGCUAUAGAAGAAUUUCUAAUCGAAGACAAUAAUUUCAAAAAGUUUGUAACGGAAAUUAUUAAAAUUGGAGGAACAUCCUACAAACAGAUGGUGAAACGCGUGUUAACAAGAAUAAUAUCUAAUGAUUUGUCUAAGACUUAUAGUUGGAUAGGUUAUAAAGGAAAACGUAACUUUUUUAAUCUUCGAAUUUGCUCAGCAAUAUUAUCUGCUGUACAAAAAACGCAUGGCUGCUCUGAAGCGAUGAUAGAGGCUGUAAUAAAAUAUUGGCUUGUAAAAUCUAUCGAACGACAGAAACAGUUAACAAAAGAAAAAAAUUCGUAAGAUUUACAAGUACAAAAAAAUUUUAUUUUAAAUAUUCCCAAGUAAAAGAUAAUUUUAUUUUAAGUGCAACUUAAGUGCAAUUUUAUUUUGAAGUUUUAUUUUUAAUGCAUAUUCGCAAGUAAAAGAUAAUUUUAUUUUAAGUGCAACUUAAGUGCAAUAUUAAGUACCAAAG